CUCCCCCACCCCUUCAACCUUACGCGUCCCCAGCCUUGUUGCUGAAAUGAGUGGCGAGCAAUCAAAGGAUCGAACUUGAAGCGGCAAGUUGACAUCUGUCCUUUUGUUCUGCAGCCUCGCCUUCGCAAAGUUUCAGAGACGCCAUCUUGGAUAAAAUUUCCGGUCAUACCACCUUUCUCGUCCAAGUUCCAUCGGGGAGUGGUUACAACGCCAGCCCUCGGUUCCAACGUUAGCCCGACCCUACACAAGAACCACCAACAACAGCACAAGCGCUUGAACUUCAACCCACCACAAAACCUUCUCACAAUGCGCCGUCGACCGCCUGGCACUAGUACUCACCACCUCCUCCUCUCAAUCCUCACCCUCUUCGCCCUCUCACCAGCUUCCUCCUGGGCCGCCGCCAACACCCGGCCGAAAAACGCCGUACUCCUCUCCGAGGUCCAAUCACUAACCCUCACCCACGGCAAAAAAACCACAUCCCGCCGCGUGCCCUCCAUCCCCCAACUCAAAUGCGUCAGCAACCCCACCUCCCUCUGCCGCCUGCCCAACGCCCAAAUCUCCACCAUGCGCUGCGUCAACCAGGGAUCCUCCUACACCUCCGAGGACAUUGAGUGGGCGUGCUCGGCCGCUUUGCCAUCUACCUUACGCCUCGAGCGGACCGAAGUCAUUUGCGAAGGCUACGAGUCGCCCGACGACCCUUACGUGCUCCGCGGCAGUUGCGGGGUUGAAUACUCGCUGGGUUUGACCGAGGAAGGCAUGCGGCGGUACCCGCACCUGGCUAAGAAGGCCCGUGAGGUUGACUGGUCCGGGGUGUUGUUCGGUAUUCUGUUUGUUGGUGUGCUGGCUUGGAUUGUCUAUGGCGCUUGUGUUGGUGCCCGGCAGAACGGCCAGCCGCGGCCGAGGAGGAGAGGGGGGAAUGGGUGGGGAGGAGGUGGUGGUGGAUGGUGGCCUGGUGGAGGUGGCGGAGGGCGAUGGGAUGACCCGCCGCCGCCGUACCCCGGUACGAAACCGGCCGAGGAACCGUGGAGGCCCGGGUUCUGGUCCGGGCUCGCGAGCGGGGCCGCGGCCGGGUACAUGGCCGGGAACCGCGGGCAGCGGGGGGAUAGGUAUGGCAAUUACGGACGGGGAGGUGGGAUAUGGGGAGACAAUGGCGGGAGUAGCUGGGGUUCUGGAUCCGGGUCUUGGGGCAGUGGCAGUGGGGGAUCCUCGAGUUCUGGCAGCUCUGGCUCCAACACGCGCUACGAAAGCACAGGCUACGGGUCAACCAGCCGGCGCUAAGGUUGAGAAGAACAAAGCUGGGGAAUCAAUUCAAGUCGUGGUUUGUACAGCGUGCCCUUGUGCUAUAGCGCGUUUCGUUGCUUUGCUCCCGACGCCGCUCUACCCUUUCACCCCGACCUUGGAACCUGAGUAUCCGAACGCGAACCACACUCCAUGUAUCCGUUCACACUUGUCACACGCCAGGGAACUCUGACACCAGUAGAGGUACAUUUGGUAUAAAAUCCAACAGCUCGAACCGUCAUACACAUAUCGCCUCGUGCUCCUUUCCAGCUUCCGACUUCGUGCUGUAGCCGCAUAUGAU